GUGCAGCAGACUCUUUUCCGCCGCCGGCAUCAGGGAGAUGCUGCUGGAGUUCUACCCCAACGGCAGCGAGAACACGACCAAGGACGGCUUCUGCGCCUUCUACGUCAGGUGCCCCGCGGGCGUGUCGAUCGUAGUCACGCUCUUCGUGGGGUCCGCGCGCAAGGGCCCCAUCAAGACCGUCUUCGAGUCGCUGCAGGGCAAGGGGCUCCCGGACUUCUGCCCCGCACAGGAGCAGAUCAAUCAGCAGGAAGACGUGCUGGAGGUCGGCAUCGAGCUGGAGAACCACUCGAGCAAGAUCCUCAGCAUCGAGUCUUGACAGCCAGGUGUCCCGCCCGUGCCGCGCCGUGACAUGUGCGGAGUGGGCGCCGUGCCGGGGAAAAAGGGCGCGACCGCGGCAGCGGUGGCGCGAGCGCGCGCGCGAGGAGC